AUGGAGUCGAUGAAGAAGAAAGCAAUGAUGAAGUUAGCUUUGUUGUUUUUCCUCUUAAACUUCAAUGGAACAAUUGAUGCUCAUCUCAAUUCAACAUCUUUCAUCACUCAAGUGCUCUCCAAUGGUGAUAAGGCUACAAAUUACAAUGUCAUAUCCACAACAACAGCAUGCUGUGAAUUGUGCCUUAGCACAGGUUCUAACCCUCCUCGAUAUCGUUGUGCUGAUGCUGGAACCACAUGUCACUCAGCUUGCAAAGAUUGUUUUUGUUCCAAAUUACAUCCAACAUGGUGUCUUUGCCGUGAUUUCACCGACUUCUGCUAUGAUAAAUGCAACACAAAUUAA